AUGGCCCCUCCAAAGUACAUGGGCCUCUCGGGCAGGCCCCUCUCGAUAGCAGUCUCUACUGUUGCGACGACAGGUUUCCUCCUCUUUGGAUACGAUCAAGGCGUCAUGUCUGGCAUCAUUACCGCCCCUGCAUUCAAUGCCAUGUUCGAAGAAACCAAGAACAACUCGACCAUGCAGGGGCUUGUCACCGCCAUCUACGAGAUCGGUUGUCUGGCGGGGGCCAUGUUCAUCCUCGGUGUCGGCGACCUCCUCGGAAGACGGAGGGCAAUCAUCUUGGGCGCCGCUGUCAUGUUGCUCGGCGUCAUCAUCCAGGUCACUUCCAUGCCUGGGUCAAGCCCUCUCGCGCAGUUGAUCGUGGGAAGAGUCGUCAUGGGCGUUGGCAAUGGAAUCAAUACCUCAACAAUCCCCACUUACCAAGCCGAGUGCAGCAAAACAUCCAACCGAGGGCUGCUGAUUUGCAUCGAGGGUGGCAUCAUUGCCUUCGGCACCUUGAUAGCCUACUGGAUCGACUACGGCGCGUCAUACGGGCCCGACGAUCUCGUUUGGCGGUUCCCCAUUGCCUUCCAGGUCAUUUUCGCAGUCUUCAUCAUCAUACCCAUGAUUUUUUUGCCCGAGUCUCCCAGAUGGCUUUUGAGCCACCACCGCGUGGAAGAUGCCGACAAGGUCAUCUCGGCCAUUCGCGGUUACGAGCUUGGAAGUGAGGAGACGGCUCUCGAGCGAAAUCUCAUCAUGGAUUCCCUCCGUGCUGCCGGCGGGUUCGGCCAAAAGAGCACUCCCCUCAAGGCUCUCUUCACGGGCGGCAAGACACAGCAUUUCCGACGCAUGCUCCUCGGGUCCAGCGCACAGUUUAUGCAGCAGGUCGGUGGCUGCAACGCUGUCAUCUACUAUUUCCCCAUCCUGUUUGAGGAGUCCAUCAAAGAGACUCACAGCAUGAGUCUUCUUCUCGGCGGGGUCAACAUGAUCGUCUACUCGAUCUUUGCCACCACCUCUUGGUUCGUCAUCGAGCGCGUCGGCCGGCGGCGUCUCUUCCUGAUCGGAUCGGUCGGGCAGUGCCUCAGCAUGGUCCUCACCUUUGCCUGCCUGAUCCCCGGCGACCCCAUGACGGCCCGCGGUGCCGCCGUCGGCCUCUUCACCUACAUCGCCUUCUUCGGCGCCACCUGGCUGCCGCUGCCGUGGCUGUACCCUGCCGAGGUCAACCCUAUCAAGACGCGCGCCAAAGCCAACGCCGUCAGCACGUGCGUCAACUGGCUCUUCAACUUCCUCAUUGUCAUGGUCACGCCCAUCAUGGUCACCAGUAUUGGCUGGGGCACCUACCUCUUCUUUGCCGCCAUCAACGCCUGCUUCAUCCCCGUCAUUUACUUCUUCUACCCCGAGACGGCUCGCCGUUCGCUCGAAGAGAUCGAUAUAAUCUUUGCCAAGGGCCACGUCGAGAACAUCUCGUACGUCAAGGCCUCCAAAGAGCUGCCGCAGCUCCAGCCGGUCGAGAUUGAAGAAUAUGCCAGGCGGUACGGGCUUGUUGACAGCAGCGCCCGGGCUGGCGGUGGCCGUGACGCCCGUGACGAGGAGGAGAAGGCUGCCAUCAGCGGCAGUUCCUCCAACAGCAGCAACGAUGUGGUCGUCGACGAGCACGGCGUCGAAGCCGGCUUGGGAGAUGGGCUCAAGACAUCUAAGCGGGCGGACCGAGACUAG